AGGAGGAGUCGGAGGGGGGGGGAGGAGUCGGAGGGGACAGAAACGGAAGAUGGCGUCGUGCGAUCGGUCCCGCUCCGUCGCUUCUCCCGGGACCGACAAGAGUGCAAAGUCAGACAAUCAGCCAGAAGCAAUGAUUGAAGAGGAGACUGUAACAUCCCAACCAGAUACAGAGGAGGUGAGUGUGGUGGAGGCAACACUUUCUGCAGUGGAGGUUGAAGAGGAGAGGCGGCAGGGCCAUGUAGAACUGCAGUGCGGCAUCUGUAUGAAGUGGUUCACGGCCGAGAGCUUCAGCAUUGACACCAGCACGUGUGUUCCAUUUAUCACCAACUAUGUGUUUCAUUGCAACAUUUGCCAUCAUAGUGGCAACACCUACUUCUUACGAAAACCCGCGACUCUCAAAGAGAUGUGUCUCACUGCACUGGCAAACCUCACAUGGACAUCACGCAUGCAGGACGAUCAUCCCAAAACAAUGUUCUCCAAAGACAAGGACAUCAUCCCAUUCAUCGACAGACACUGGGAAUGCAUGACAACACGGCAACGACCAAACAAGCUCACGUGGCAGAACAACAUUGUCAAGACUAUGACGAAGGAGCGUGAUGUAUUCCUCGUGAAAGAAAACCCAGAUCCAGGAAGCAAGGACUCUCAAGACGAAUACCCAAAGUUUGGCCUCUUAGAUCAGGACCUGACUAACAUAGGGCCGUCGUAUGAAGGUCAGAAGCAGCCUGGGACACCGGCCGCUGCUGCCAGUUCUAAUGGUAAAGAAUUUACGACUCCUAAUAAAGGUGGCUUCGGGAUCAGUGGCAGCGGCAAAGGACGCGGCGCAAAGCGGAGGCAAGAAGGCGUCACCCCGCCGACGGCUAAGCGCACCCGACAUGACCCGCUGUUCCAGUCACAACGCCUGCCCCCCCACGGCUACCCGCUGGAGCAUCCCUUCAACAAGGACGGCUACCGUUAUGUGCUGGCGGAGCCUGACCCCCACGCGCCUGACCCCGAGCGGGUAGAGCUGGACUCGUGGGCCGGAAAGCCGAUCCCCGGGGACCUGUACCGCUCGUGCCUCUACGAGCGUGUGCUUCUCGCACUGCACGACCGCGCGCCCCAGCUUAAAAUUUCCGAUGACCGGCUGACGGUGACGGGUGACAAGGGCUACUCGAUGGUGCGCGCCUCGCACGGUGCGCGCCGCGGGGCCUGGUACUUCGAGGCUACGGUGGACGAGAUGCCCACAGGAAGCGCUGCGCGCAUUGGCUGGUCACAAAGCCUCGGGAACCUGCAGGCUCCGCUCGGCUACGACAAGUUCAGCUACUCGUGGCGCAGCAAGAAGGGCACGCGUUUCCACCAGUCGCGCGGGCGACACUAUGCCGACGGCUACGCGCAGGGCGACACGCUCGGCUUCUUCAUCUCGCUACCCGAGCAUACGCACACGGCCACCUGCCUGCCCGACACGUACAAGGACAAGGCAUUAAUCAAGUUCAAGAGCUACCUGUACUUUGAAGAAAAGGACUUUGUGGACAAGGCAGAGAAAAGCCUCAAGCCAGCACAUGACAGCAAGGUGGUGUUUUACAAGAAUGGAAUCGGGCAGGGCACUGCAUUUGAGGACGUCUAUGAAGGAGUUUACUUCCCGGCUGUCUCCCUUUACAAAAGCUGCUCGGUGUCUGUUAACUUUGGACCAAACUUUAAGCAUCCUCCUAAGGAUGUGACCUAUCAACCCAUGAGCGACAUGGGGUGGUACGCCGUUGUGGAACACACGCUCUCUGACCUGCUGUACCAUGUGGAGACGGACGUGGAGGGUAGGCAGAGUCCACCUUGGGACCUGUGAGCUACCGCUCGCUUAGAACAUCCACCUACACCUGUAACUGCCUCUUUGACUUGCACUCUAUGGGCAUGCCCGUUGGUCCCGCACAUGCUGCGCAUAGAGCGGUGCACAUUAGUCUUUUGCGCACUCGUGCGAUUGUGUGUGUGUGUGUACACUUUUCUUUCCAUGUGUCUGUAAUGUGUACAACAUAGUCGUCCUAUGAAAGAAAACUUUUGACUUGCGCAAUGUGACGUGACGGCACUUGUCGAGAAUACGUCAAAAGAGAUGGUGGUCAAGUUUUGCAUUUUGAUUUAAAGCUUUCGUGACUGCAGGGAUUCAUAUUCUUGGUUCUUUCGGUAAAGUCACAUAGAAGGGAAAUAAAAAUAAUAAUAAAAAUAUAA